CCCUCUCUUCUUCCCUUGCCCGCAACUCCCUCUCCUUCACUCCCAUCGUGAAAAAGAGAGUGAGUUUCAGAUCCACUCACACUUGUUUUUGUGUUUUUUUUGUGUGAGCUUUUAAACAAACAUGGCUCUCAUAGUAGAGAAGACCACCACAGGCCGUGAAUACAAGGUAAAGGACAUGCACCAGGCCGACUUCGGCCGCCUCGAACUCGAGCUCGCCGAAGUCGAAAUGCCGGGUCUCAUGUCCUGCCGGGUCGAGUUCGGCCCAUCACAACCCUUCAAGGGCGCCCGCAUCACCGGUUCGCUCCACAUGACGAUCCAGACCGCCGUCCUCAUCGAAACCCUAACCGCUUUGGGUGCCGAAGUCCGGUGGUGCUCCUGCAACAUCUUCUCCACCCAGGACCACGCCGCCGCCGCCAUCGCACGUGACUCCGCUGCCGUGUUCGCCUGGAAGGGAGAAACCCUCCAGGAGUACUGGUGGUGCACGGAGCGGGCCCUCGACUGGGGCCUCGGCGGCGGACCCGAUUUGAUCGUCGAUGACGGCGGCGACGCCACUCUGCUGAUCCAUGAGGGUGUGAAGGCGGAGGAGGAGUUUGAGAAGUGUGGGAAGGUUCCAGAUCCGAGCUCUACUGACAACGCUGAGUUUCAGAUCGUGUUGAGUAUUAUUAGGGAUGGACUGAAGACUGAUCCUAAGAGGUAUCACAAGAUGAAGCAGAGAUUGGUUGGAGUUUCGGAGGAGACGACUACUGGUGUCAAGAGGCUUUAUCAGAUGCAGGCUAAUGGAACUUUGUUGUUCCCUGCCAUCAAUGUCAAUGACUCCGUCACCAAGAGCAAGUUUGAUAACUUGUAUGGUUGCCGCCACUCACUCCCUGAUGGUUUGAUGAGAGCCACUGAUGUUAUGAUUGCUGGAAAGGUCGCUGUUGUCUGUGGUUAUGGUGAUGUGGGCAAGGGCUGUGCCGCUGCAAUGAAGCAAGCUGGAGCACGUGUGAUUGUUACUGAGAUCGAUCCAAUUUGUGCCCUUCAGGCUCUUAUGGAGGGUCUCCAAGUUCUAACCCUCGAAGAUGUGGUCUCAGAAGCCGAUAUCUUUGUCACCACCACUGGCAACAAGGACAUCAUCAUGGUUCACCACAUGAGAAAGAUGAAGAACAACGCCAUUGUCUGCAACAUUGGCCAUUUUGAUAAUGAAAUUGACAUGCAUGGGCUUGAGACAUACCCGGGCGUGAAGAGGAUCACGAUUAAGCCCCAAACAGACAGGUGGGUUUUCCCCGACACCAAGUCAGGCAUCAUUGUCUUGGCUGAGGGGCGGCUCAUGAACUUGGGUUGUGCUACAGGGCAUCCCAGCUUUGUGAUGUCAUGCUCUUUCACUAACCAAGUGAUUGCCCAGCUUGAGCUGUGGAAGGAGAAGAGUACCGGCAAGUAUGAGAAGAAGGUGUAUGUUUUGCCCAAGCACCUUGAUGAGAAGGUUGCAGCACUUCACCUUGGUAAGCUCGGAGCUAAGCUCACCAUUCUCACCAAGGACCAGGCUGAUUACAUUCGCAUUCCGGUUGAGGGUCCUUACAAGCCUGCUCACUACAGGUACUGAGGAAAGAGAGCAAAGAACAGAACAUCUGAAUGGAAUGGUUGUUUUUGUUUUCUUUUAUGCUUUGAUUUGAAUUAGAAUGGUAGUUCUUUUUUCUUUUUCUUUCUUGUUUCGUUUUGUUUUUUUCCCCUUUUUUAUGAUGGGGGUUGUGUUUGGUGGUGGUGAGGGUUGAGAGGAAACAAAUGGAUUCUUCCUUGUGAAGAAGACCAAAUGGGUUGAAAUAAGGUUUGAGACUUGGGGUUGUGUGGGAUAUGUUGGAGUUGCUGGAGUUUAGGGUUUUACUGCAUUUUGUUAUAAUUUUAUUGUAACAAAUAUGAAAAAUAAUAUUUGCCCCUUUUUUUUUUUCUUUCUAA